AUGGAGACCAUGACCCCGCCAUAUAUUCCACUUGUCCUGCUCUUGCUGCUGGAGGGGACGACCCGGGCCUUGUUCCCCGAAGAGCCCGGCCCCAUCAGUGUAGCCCUUGAAGACUCUGUGAAGCAAUAUUCAGUCUUUGUGGGCAACGGGAUGGGCCGGUACUCCAGCCAAGAUGGCGGGGCAGAGCGGCUCAACAUUCAGCGGAUGGUGACGAUCAACAGGACGCUGUACAUCGGGGACAGGGAUAACUUGUACCGUAUAAGCCUGGAGCCUUCCACAGCUGGAGAGAUGCGCUAUCAUCAGAAGCUGACAUGGAGGUCAAAUCAGCAUGAUAUCAACAUCUGCCGAAUGAAAGGAAAGCACGAGGCAGAAUGCCGGAAUUUUAUCAAAGUUCUCCUUCUCCGCAACGACAACAUGCUUUUCGUGUGCGGCACCAAUGCCUUCAAUCCAGUCUGUGCCAACUACAGUAUGGACAAGCUUGAACCCAUCGGGGACAACAUCAGCGGCAUGGCCCGGUGCCCCUAUGACCCCAAGCAUGCCAACGUGGCUCUCUUUACAGGCGGGAUGCUCUUCACUGCCACGGUGACAGAUUUCCUGGCCAUCGAUGCCGUGAUUUACCGCAGCCUCGGAGACAACCCGACCCUACGCACCGUUAAGCAUGACUCCAAGUGGUUCAAAGAGCCGUAUUUUGUCCACGCCGUAGAAUGGAAGAGCCACGUUUAUUUCUUCUUCAGAGAGAUCGCCAUAGAGUUUAACUACCUAGAAAAGGUGGUGGUUUCGCGAGUAGCCCGGGUCUGUAAGAACGACAUGGGCGGCUCACAGCGGGUGCUGGAGAAACAGUGGACUUCCUUCCUGAAGGCCCGGCUCAACUGCUCUGUUCCGGGAGACUCACAUUUCUACUUCAACGUUAUCCAGUCGGUCACGGACGUCUUCCAGCUCGAUGGCCGACCCGUUGUCCUGGCGGUCUUCUCUACGCCUGCUAACAGCAUCCCCGGCUCCGCUGUCUGUGCCUUCGACAUGGCCCAGAUAUCCUCGGUCUUUGAGGGGCGCUUCCGGGAGCAAAAAUCCCCCGAAUCCAUUUGGACCCCAGUUCCUGAGGAAUUGGUACCAAAGCCACGGCCCGGAGGCUGCGCCGCCCCUGGGAUGCGUUAUAAUUCCUCCAGCUUCUUUCCAGAUGAGAUCCUCAAUUUUGUCAAGACGCAUCCGCUGAUGGAUGAGUCGGUGCCGUCUCUGGGCAACACACCCUGGAUCGUCCGAACCAUGACUCGGUAUCAGUUGCGUAAAAUCGUGGUGGACCCCGCAGCGGGCCCCGGGAAGAACCACACCGUGGUGUUUCUGGGCUCCGACGCCGGCACCGUCCUUAAGUUUCUGAUCCAGGCCAACAUCAGCGCCACUCUGGCAGCAGUGAGGGCCAGCAUCCAGAGCGUGUUCCUGGAGGAGUUCGAGACGUAUCCCAGCGAGAAGUGCGGGAAGGACAGUCCAGAUGAGCGGAAGCUUCUGGGAAUGGAGCUCGACAAAGCCACCGGGUCGUUGCUGCUGGUGUUCCCACCCUGCGUGGUGCGGGCCCCCAUGGCAAGAUGCCACCAGCAUUCAGGCUGCAUGAAGAAUUGUCUGGGGAGCCGUGACCCCUAUUGCGGCUGGACCCCCGAGGGCUCUUGUAUUUUCGUAGACUUGAGCACCAGGGUUACAUUUGAUCAAGACAUUGCAGGGGGGAAGACGUCUCACCUCGGCGACUGUGAAGGCCUGGUGACUGAAAGCUUUGUGGACGAGCCGGACGGCCUGGUGUCGGUGAACCUUCUGGUGAUCUCCUCUGUGGCGGCCUUCGUCAUCGGGGCCGUGAUCUCGGGCUUCAGCGUGUGCUGGUUCAUCGGGCACCGUGACCGGAAGGAGCUGGCCCGGCGCAAAGACAAGGAGAACAUCCUGUCCCACAGCGAGUCAGUGGUGAGCGUCAGCCGGCUGGGCGAACGACAUGCCCGGGGCCCUGGCGGGCAGCCUGAGAACUUGCUGGCGCCCCUCAUGCAGAACGGGUGGCCCAAGGGGCUCAUCAAGGUGAGCCAGCACGACCUAGAUUCAGGGGUGCUCCCGACCCCAGAGCAGACCCCGCUGCAGCAGAAGCGGUGCCCGAAACCCUGCAGCUGGGAGUACAGCCACAACCUCAUCAACGCGUCGAUACGGGGCGGAGACCACCCUUCCUCCGUCAUCCUCCUCCACGCUGGCCACACUCCGGUUCCCCCCCACCACUUGUCCUCUGGCCGCGUGAUCCCCAUCUCCUGCCACUCCAUGCUGAUGGACCAGGAACUGGAGAGCGAGCCGAGCGACCUCUCGCUGGACAUGCGUUAUCUACCGGCGAGCGGCAGGGAAGGGCCCCGGGGGGUCCAGCAACAGCUUCAGCAAGCUCUGCCCUCGCACCGACCCGGCGGGACUCGGAGCUCCUAUGGUGGCGAGAUGCCCAUCACACCGCACGACAGCCCUGACCGGCGACGGGUGGUGUCAGCCCCGAGCGGGGAGACAGGGGAUUCCACUCAAUGGAACCCCGACAAGCUGAACUCCAAUAGUAACAAUGCAGCCAGCAAGGCAAACGCACAUCUCAAACGCACCCACACUUUUAACAGUGGGGAAAGUCAGGUGGCUUACGCCCGGGCGCAGAGGGCGCCCACGCUCGGCUCUCAGCACACCCUCGCAGACUUCACCCACCUGCUGAAAUACGGUGGCAUUGAGCGGACUGCCUCCUCCGUCAAAUAAGGAGCCAACCGGGAGGCGUGGUCUGGCUCGGUAACCUCCCUCUUUGCAGAAGGGGCGGGGUUUCAUGACAGAAAGGAG